AUGGCCCCUUCCCCAACCCCAAAGGAGGUGCUGACCACCCUCAGUCAAACCGACAUCCGCACCCCAAUCCCUCCCUCCACCCUGCUGCCCGCAAUCUCAUCCCCGCCUUUCGUUGCCCUUCCGGGCACUUUUAACACUCGAGACCUCGGCCUCGUCCCAUCCAGCACCCUCCGCCGAUCCCUCGUCUACCGCUCCGGCGCCCUCAGCCACCUGGCGGCUACGCCCGACGGGCCCACCGUCCUGGCCACCGGCCUGGGCGUCAAGCACGUCUUCGACCUGAGGUCGGAGCAGGAACACAAUGCCGAUCCGGACCCGGAAGUGCCGGGGGUCACGAACUCGUGGCUGCCCACCGCCGACAAGGACGCCAGUCUCGACCUGGCCGAUUUUGUCGACGGCGAGGGCGAGGCCGGCUAUGUCAAGAUGUACCUCGACGUCUUGAACGUGUACCGCGAGCCCUUCAAGGCCGUGCUCGAGCACAUCCGCGACGUGCCGGAUGAGCCGCUGCUGUUUCAUUGCACCGCUGGCCGAGACCGCACUGGAGUCCUAUCAGGACUGAUCAUGUCUCUGGCUGGGCAAGAUCCCGAAGUCGUAGCCUUUGACUUUAUGCUGUCUCGUAUUGGCAAGGAGCCGGCACGUGAGAUGCUGCUCGCUUUUGUCAUGAAGUCCACGGGGGCUGCAGACCUAGAGGCUCCUGGCUUGUAUAACCUCGUCAGUCUUAGAAGGUCUUGUUGGGACGCUUUUGUCAACGAGGUGCAGCAGAAGUACGGCGGCUUUGAUGGCUACGCGCGUUCCGUCUUGGGCUUCACCAAUGAUGACCUUGGCCGUAUCAAGAAGAAUCUGGUACGGAACUAG